AUGAAUCUUUCAAUUUUGCUGAUAUUUAUAAUAUAUAUUACAAGUGGGAAUUCGUUGCAUUAUAACAAAAUAAAUUCCAAAGGAAUAACUGCAUUUAUAAAUACUAAAAAUCCUAUUUUAAAAAAUGAAUACAAAGUAUAUCGAUUCAAAAAAUAUAACAAUGUAGAGAAGAAGAUAUAUUCAUUUAAGGAAAAUGCUUUAAGCUUAUUUAAUACUGUGAAAGAUAAAGAGAAAAUAGCCAAUUUGCUUGAAAAUAUUUCAAAUAAUGUAAAAAUUAAAUUUCCUAAUAGAUUUAUAUACUACAAUUAUUUAUUUAAUAAAUGUAAAUUAGACAGAAUACUCAUAGUAAUAAACACAUUGCUUUACUUAUAUUUAAAUAGAGUUGAUAAAAAUGAAGAAAAAAAAAUAUUUUUUACUAAAGGCAAUGUAGUUCAAAUAAAAGAUGAACAGAAAGCAGAAAAAUAUCAAUGUAAUUAUUAUGAUAUAUAUAAAAAUAAGAAUUAUAAAACACUUUUCUCAUCUAUUUUCAUCCAUAAAAAUAUCUUACAUUUAUAUUUUAAUAUGAGUUCACUAAUGUCCAUAUACAGAAUGAUAUCGCCAAUUUAUUCAAAUAGCCAAAUACUUAUUACAUAUUUAUUAUCUGGAUUUCUUUCUAACUUAAUAUCUUAUAUAUACUAUAUGAAACCAGAAAAAAAAGAUAUAUUUUUAAAAGACAUAAUCGAUCAAAAUUAUUAUAGUCGCAAUACACCUUUAAAUAAACCCAAUAAAAUAAUUUGUGGAAGUAGUUCAGCUAUAUAUUCCCUAUAUGGAAUGUAUAUAACACAUAUGAUUUUUUUUUAUUUUAAAAAUAAUUAUAUUAUGAAUACAGGCUUCCUCUAUAAUAUUUUCUAUUCAUUUUUAUCAUCUUUGCUUUUAGAAAAUGUUAGCCAUUUUAACCAUAUUUUGGGAUUUAUAUGUGGGUUUUUUAUGUCGUCCACAUUGAUUUUGUUUGAUAAUAAUUAA